UGGCCGUCCGCAGGGUGGAGCAGUGAUCGGGUGGGUUUUCUUUGCUCUGCAGCCUACUACAGGUUCUUGGUGCUUUUCUUCAACUGCCUCCUGACCUUCGGCUCUUACUUCUGUUUCGACAUCCCCAGUGUCCUGCAGGAUCAGUUUCAAGGGAACUUGACCUGCCCCAAUGGAACCCAUCAUAACAGCACGGGGCAUAAUAGCACGUUGGAUUGCGUUGAAGGCUUGGGAAUGACACCUGCACAAUACAAUUUGCUCUAUGCCAUCUACACUUGGACAAACGCAGUAGUGGUGAUUCUGGCUGGAUUUCUGAUCGAUAAACUAGGAAAUCGCUUUGGUGUCUUUGUUUUCUCCCUUCUGACUGUGCUGGGAUCAUCGAUCUUUGCUCUAGGCUCUCAUUUCAAGGGGUCACCCUAUCUCCUGCCACUGAUGCUGACAGGAAGACUGCUCUUUGGCUCUGGAAAUGGAUCACUGACCAUUGUGCAGAAUCGUAUCACAGCCUUCUGGUUCAAAGGGAAGGAACUGGCACUGGCAUUUGGACUGACCCUCUCUUUCUCCCGUCUUGGAAGUGUCCUCAACUUCUUCUUCACCCAGCAGUUUGAGACGCGCUUUGGAAUACAGUGGACGCUCUGGGGUGGUACUCUGCUCUGUGUGCUUGGUUUUGUUUCAGCCAUCACAGUCAGUGUGCUAGAUAAAGUGGGCAUGAAGCAGCUUGGCUUGGAUGGGGUUAUCCAGCAAGAAUCCAAAAAAGUGCGGAUUCAGGACAUCCGACGUCUUCCCCUUCGCUACUGGCUCCUGGUCCUCACCAUCAUGUUCUUCUACAAUGGAGUCUUCCCCUUUGUGGCGGAUGCCAGCAAGUUUAUCCAGGAUAAAUAUUCUGGUUACAGUCAGCAGGCAGCCGCUUAUAUUGCUGGGGCAGUGUACGACAGCUCCCUUGUUCUCUCUGCAGCGGUGGGCAUACUAAUUGACUAUGUUGGACUGAGAGGCAUCUUUGCUGUUGGCUGUGCUGCAUUUACUCUGCCAGUCUUCGCUCUCCUGGCAUUUACGUUUGUCCCUCCACUAGUUUCUACUAUCUGGUUGGGGAUUACUUACUCCUUUGCUGCUGCUAGCAUGUGGCCAUCCAUACCUCUUGUGGUUCCCCAAGCAACUUUGGGGACUGCCAUGGGGCUUGCAACUUCUGUGCAGAUGAUUGGAAUUGGCCUUUCAAAUCUGAUUGUCGGACACAUUCUAGGAACAAAGUCCAGUGAAUUAAAGAUCCCACUGUGGCGCUGGCAACAGAUGAUGAUCUUUAUGUUGGCAAACACUAUUGCAUGUAUUGUUGCUUCUGUUAGUCUCAAUGUGGUGGACAAGAAACAGGGAGGGACACUGAACAGAACUAGAAAGGGAUUGCCUGUGGAGCAGGAGGACAGACAUCCAGCAGAUACAGCACCACUCCUUGAUGAUGAAACAGGAAACAAAGACUCUGUCAGCUGAACCUUUGCAGUGUGAGAACAGUGAUGGCUGCCGGACACAGUAUUGAUUAUUUCUACUUGAAAGUGAAUUUUUAGCCAUGUAUUUUAAACAUCUUUCUUUAAAGAGAAAUCUCAUUUAGUCAUCCAUUAGGAACUGCCUACACAAAGAGAAUGUUUGCAGUUCUUUGUGCCUGGAACACAAGUGGAACACGUCUGCUACAUGGUUCUUGGGCUUUCUCUGGCACAUACAGAAACUUGCAUGGAACACUUUUUAAGAACUAUACUACAGUAAGUAAAAUUAGUCCAGCUGGAGCUUGUUCAUAAGCUGUUAGAUAGUCUCUUUAGUUACUUUUCAAUCUUGCAUUAAAAUUCCCGACAUGAGGUGCAUCUGGCUGGACUGCUCUUCCUCAGCCUCAAGAAUCCUGCGCAGCAGCACUUCUUGUUCCACAUACCUCGACAGACCUUCUGUUUUAGUAAUUGUUCUGGAUGAGCAUAUUCCUUUUCCAAAUUAGAUUUGCAUGUAAGUAACACCAUCAUUAUCCUUCAGGCAGGAGGUGGGAGAUUGAGUUACUCAAAUUACUAGCUUUUACACAUGCAAGCAUAGCUUAAUUGCUAGUUACCUUACUAGAAAUGCUUCCAUAAGCCACAUCUUCAGUUGCCCUCAAAAGCAUGUGCAGUUUUGAUCUGAAAUUGUCCUUUUAACCAGGUUACUCUUAGUCAUGAAUGCUAAGGCUUGUUUUACUGAGAUAACUGCCCUUCUUGCUACGCAAAGCAUACAAAAAGCAUAAAGGAUGCUUUAAGAAUGAGGUAAACUUUAACAUAGCCAAGUACAAGGAGUGCUAAAGUGAAUGACUGAGUAAAUUAUCACAAAUUCUAAAGAGAAAGAGAAGGUCUGUUCAAGAUAUGUUUAACAUAAACACUAGUAAAUUGAAAGCAAUUUAGGCACUGACAGCAUCCAAUAAAGUGACAUCUUAAGUGAUUAUGACAGAAGACAAAUCCUCCCAUGUAGAGGAGGAUUUUGCUUUAAAAUUAUUAAGACAACUUGCUCAUAUAACGAGGUCUUUUUGAGAGUGAAAUUCCACCGUGAAUUCAUUUCAGAGUAGAGACAAUUAAAGGAUUUUCCUUAAGGAGUCUGAUGUAGCUGAAACUUGGGGUGAGGUGAGAAGUCAAAAAAGUAGCUGCAACGCACUCACUCCUCUUAUGUAAAAAAAGGUUUUUUUCAGCUAUCCUUGCCUCAAAAGCGUAGGCCUCAUAUAGCUGUUUAUCCACUGAUUAAGCAGUACUAGAUAAGUACUUGUCCUUUUACUGUGAUAUAACUAGAGAAACCUGCUAUUGUUUAAAACCUUUCUGCAAGCUUG